GUCGUUGUCAUAUGAAUUCAUGGUUCACGCUGUUUCACAUUGCCGUGGCUGCAUUUCUAGCUACAACAUGGGAUUUGGGAACGACAAGUGACAGUGUGAUGACUGUAUAUCAAGUUUAGUGUGAACAACAGUGUAGAAAAUAACAGUUUAUGUCCUAGAUCUGUAUUUCUGCCGGAGGUUGGCGGGGGCAAACAGAAGUCACGAUGGUGAAAGAGCAGUUUAGAGAGACUGAUGUGGCCAAAAAAAUAAGCCACAUCUGUUUUGGGAUGAAGUCGGCUGAACAGAUGAGACAGCAGGCUCAUAUCCAAGUGGUCAGUAAGAACCUGUACAGCCAGGACACCAGCCAUACUCCUCUACCGUACGGAGUACUGGAUCAUCGCAUGGGCACCAGUGAGAAGGAUCGUCCUUGUGAGACGUGUGGGAAGAACCUGGCUGACUGUCUGGGACACUAUGGGUAUCUGGACCUGGAGAUGCCCUGUUUUCAUGUGGGCUAUUUCAAAGCCACCAUUGGAAUCCUACAGAUGAUCUGUAAGACGUGUUCUCACAUCAUGCUGACCAAAGAGGAGAAACUACAGUUCAUGGAUGUGUUGAAGAGGCCUGGACUAGCGUACCUACAGAAACGAGGAAUGAAGAAGAAGAUAUCCGACAAAUGCCGCAAAAGGACAUUGUGUCUCAAUUGCUCCACGUUAAAUGGACCAGUGAAGAAGUGUGGCUUGCUGAAGAUCCUCCACGAGAAAUACAAGACAACCAAGAAAGUGGUGGACACUGUAGUAUCAGACUUUCUCAACUCAUUCGAUAUCGCAAUAGAACACAACAAAGAAGUGGAGGGCUUGCUUAACAGGGCUCAGGAGAACCUGAGUCCUCUAGUGGUGCUGAACCUCUUCAGGAGGAUACCAGCGGAGGACAUUCCCCUGCUCCUGAUGAACCCGGAGGCAGGUAAGCCUGCAGACCUCAUCCUCACCCGCCUGCUGGUACCUCCGCUCUGCAUCCGCCCCUCUGUCAUCUCAGACCUCAAGUCGGGUACUAAUGAGGAUGACCUCACCAUGAAGCUCACAGAGAUCAUCUUCCUCAAUGACGUCAUCAAGAAGCACCGUAUGUCAGGGGCCAAGACCCAGAUGAUCAUGGAGGACUGGGACUUCCUCCAGCUGCAAUGUGCUCUCUACAUCAACAGUGAGCUCUCUGGCAUCCCCCUCAACAUGGCCCCUAAGAAGUGGACCAGAGGCUUCGUUCAGAGACUCAAGGGCAAACAAGGGAGAUUCCGUGGAAACCUCUCGGGGAAGAGAGUGGAUUUCUCUGGGAGAACAGUCAUCUCUCCGGACCCCAACCUGCGGAUUGAUGAGGUGGCUGUCCCUGUGCACGUAGCCAAAAUCCUGACCUACCCAGAGAAGGUGAACAAGGCCAACUUGGAGAUGCUGAGGAAGCUGGUGCGGAGCGGUCCGGAGGUCCACCCUGGAGCCAACUUCAUCCAGCAACGACACACGCAGAUGAAGAGGUUUCUGAAGUACGGGAACCGAGAGAAGAUGGCCCAGGAGCUGAAGUUUGGAGACGUGGUGGAGAGACACAUGAUCGAUGGAGACAUCGUCCUCUUCAACCGACAGCCCUCUCUACACAAACUCAGCAUCAUGGCUCAUAUUGCCAAAGUGAAGCCUCACAGAACGUUCCGGUUUAACGAGUGUGUGUGCACACCGUACAACGCUGACUUUGACGGGGAUGAGAUGAACCUUCACCUUCCCCAGACAGAGGAGGCCAAGGCUGAAGCCCUGGUGCUGAUGGGGACCAAAGCCAACCUGGUGACCCCCAGGAACGGAGAGCCUCUGAUUGCUGCUAUUCAAGACUUUCUGACAGGAGCCUACCUGUUGACCCUGAAGGACACAUUCUUCGAUAGGUCUAAAGCCUGCCAGAUAGUGGCCUCUAUCCUGGUGGGGGUGGAUGAGAGGAUCAAGAUAGCUCUCCCACACCCUGCCAUACUCAAGCCCAUGACUCUGUGGACAGGGAAGCAGAUCUUUGGUCUGAUCCUGAAGCCCAGUAAGGCCUGUCCAGUCAAGGCCAACCUGAGGACCAAGGGGAAACAGUACAGUGGGAAAGGAGAGGACCUCUGCAGCAACGACUCCUUCGUGGUGAUCCAGAACAGUGAGUUGAUGUGUGGUACCAUGGAUAAGGGCACGUUGGGCUCUGGCUCCAAGAAGAACAUAUUUUACAUCCUGCUGAGAGACUGGGGGCAGCUGGAGGCAGCCAACGCCAUGUCUCGUCUGGCCCGCAUCGCCCCUACAUACCUCUCCAACCGGGGUUUCUCCAUCGGUAUUGGUGACGUGACCCCAGGCCAGGGUCUGCUGAAGGCCAAACAGGACCUGCUGGAUGGAGGCUAUGCCAAGUGUGACGAGUACAUCGAGGCCCUGAAGACAGGCAAACUGCAGCAGCAGCCAGGCUGCACGGCUGAGGAGACACUGGAGGCCCUCAUCCUGAAGGAGCUGUCUGUUAUCAGAGACCAUGCCGGCAGCGCCUGCCUCAGAGAACUGGACAAGACCAACAGUCCUCUGAUUAUGGCUCUGUGUGGCUCCAAAGGAUCCUUCAUCAACAUCUCCCAGAUGAUCGCCUGCGUGGGCCAGCAGGCUAUAAGCGGCUCUCGAGUGCCCGACGGCUUUGAGAAUUCGUCCUCUGAUCUGUUCUUCUGUGGUGGCUGUGUUGUGUGUCAACAGAGGCGCCUGGUGAAGUCGCUGGAGGACCUGUGUUCCCAGUAUGAUCUGACGGUACGGAGCUCCACUGGUGACAUCAUCCAGUUUGUAAAUAGGGGACGCCUUUUGGGACCCGGCCGCCAUGGAGGGAAAGAUGAGCUCGUUGGAGUUCACAGCUUCCUGGGCUAAAGGGUGAGGUCUGUCCAUACGUGUUCAGAGCAGCCAGCCCUUAGUAAGAAUGAGUUGGUCCUGACAGCAGAGUCCAUCAUGAAGAGGAGUGACUUCAAGUGCUGCCGAGACAGCUUCCUCGAGGCCUUGACAGACACGGGCUCAGAGAAGUAUAUGGAGGUAUGGUGUCUAACGUGCAUCAUGUCUAGUGUCUCUCUCUCCUUCUCUCCCAACCAAAGGAGAUCAAAAAAGUUCAUCAAGGCUACAUCUGAGAAAAUCAAGAAGACCAGGGACAAAUACGGCAUCAACGACAAUGGCACCACCGAGCCCAGAGUUCUGUAUCAGUUGGACCGCAUCACUCCCAGCCAGCUAGAGAAGUUUCUGGAGACCUGCAGGGACAAGUACAUGAGAGCUCAGAUGGAGCCGGGCUCAGCAGUAGGAGCCCUGUGUGCCCAGAGCAUUGGGGAGCCUGGCACCCAGAUGACCCUGAAAACCUUCCACUUUGCUGGGGUAGCCUCCAUGAACAUCACCCUGGGGGUCCCGCGCAUCAAGGAGAUCAUCAACGCCUCCAAGAACAUCAGCACACCUAUAAUCAGCGCUCACUUGGAUGUGGACGACGACGCAGACUUCGGCCGGUUGGUGAAAGGGAGGAUUGAAAAGACCCUUCUGGGAGAGAUUUCAGAGUACAUUGAAGAGGUGUUUCUGCCAGACGACUGUUUCAUUCUGGUCAAGCUGUCACUGGAGAGGAUCAGACUGCUACGACUAGAGGUGAAUGCAGAGACAGUCCGCUACUCUAUCUGCAUGUCUAAGCUGAGAGUGAAGCCUGGAGACAUAGCUGUACACGGGGAGGCAGUGGUCUGUGUAUCUCCCAGGGAAAACAGCAAGAGCUCCAUGUACUACGUCCUCCAGUCUCUAAAGGAUAACCUGCCCAAGGUGGUGGUACAGGGUAUCCCUGAGGUCUCCAGAGCUGUCAUUCACAUCGACGAGCAGACCGGCAAGAACAAGUACAAGCUGCUGGUUGAGGGAGACAACCUACGCAGUGUCAUGGCAACCCACGGUGUCAACGGCAACAGAACCACCUCAAACAACACCUAUGAGGUUGAGAAGACGAUUGGUAUCGAGGCUGCUAGGUCCACCAUCAUCAAUGAGAUCCAGUACACCAUGGUGAACCACGGCAUGAGCAUCGACAGGCGACACGUCAUGCUCCUGGCUGACCUCAUGUCCUAUAAGGGUGAGAUCCUGGGUAUCACCCGGUUUGGCCUGGCUAAGAUGAAGGAGAGCGUGUUGAUGCUGGCGUCCUUCGAGAAAACUGCCGACCAUCUCUUUGACGCUGCGUACUUUGGUCAGAAGGACUCGGUCUGUGGUGAGUUUCAGGCUUCCUCUUACUGUAGCAGAGUCACAGAAAUACAGCUGCUCGAUAACAGAGAAUAAACUGGCUUUUUGUUGUCUAAAAAAAAACAUCUGUCCUUUCCACAACUUCUCUCAUUCGUUGCACUGAUCUGACAUUAAUUAGCCACCUGUCAAGUGUUUUCACUUCAGAUGAA